AUGGUUGAGUUGAAUAUCGAUUUCGAUGUCUUCAAGAAAAGACUUUUAACGCUUCAUUCUCAAUACAAGACCUAUGAAAACUCACCAAAUUCUCUGCUAUUUGUACUAGGCUCUUCUAAUACUGAAAAUCCAUAUCAAAAGACAAGUAUUUUACACAAUUGGUUGUUGAGUUAUGAAUUUCCAAGCACUAUUAUAGCGGUUUUACCAGAUAAAGUGGUAAUCAUCACCAGUGCUGCGAAGGCAAAGCAUCUGGAAAAGGCCGUUGAACUGUUCUCCAAUGAACCUGUAAAACUAGAACUGUGGCAAAGGAACAGUAAGGAUCCAGAACAUAAUAAAAAAUUAUUUGAAGAUGUGAUUGAUGUGAUCCAAAAGGCAGGCAAAUCUGUAGGAGCUCCAGAGAAAAACGUUUACCAGGGUAAGUUUAUGUUGGAAUGGUCACCACUUUGGGACGAAGCUGUUAAAAAGUACGAAUUAAAUGUAGUUGAUAUAUCAGCAGGUCUAUCUCAGACAUGGGAAGUUAAAGAUGAUAACGAAAAGGCAUUGUUAUCAGUGGCAAGCAAGAGUUCCGAUAAGUUCAUGGAUUAUCUGGCGGAUGAAAUGGUACGUGCUGUUGAUGAAGAAUUAAGAAUCACCAAUGUGAAACUUUCAGAUAAGAUUGAAAACAAGAUUGAUGACGAUAGUUUCCUGAAGAAGAUUGCACCAGAAUUGUCAAAAUUAUGUCCCAAAGGCUAUCCUUUCAAUUUGGAUCUAUUGGAUUGGACUUAUUCCCCCAUCAUUCAAUCGGGAGAAAAAUUCGAUUUAAGAGUUUCAGCUAGAUCGACCAACGACCAACUCGAUGGUAAUGGUUCUAUAUUGGCAUCUUGUGGUAUCCGUUACAACAACUACUGUUCUAAUGUUACUAGAACGUUCCUAAUCGAUCCCUCAGAUGAGAUGGUUCGUAACUACGAAUUCGUCUUAGAACUUCAGAAGGAAAUUGUGAACAACAAGUUGAAAGUUGGAUCCACACCAAAGGAAGUUUAUGAUUCGGUAGUAGAGUUUGUACAAAAAGUUAGACCUGAUCUAGUGGGCAAUCUGACCAAGAAUUUGGGAUCUGUCAUUGGGUUAGAGUUUAGAGACUCUUCCUUUGUCCUUAAUGCCAAGAACGAAACAAGAAAGGUGCAAGCAGGCGAUUGUUUCAACAUUUCUUUUGGUUUCAAUAACUUAAAGGAUUCCAAGACCGAUAAAAGCUACGCCCUGCAAUUAUCAGAUACAGUCUUGUUAGCGUCCGAGGAAAAUUCAGAACCUCAGUAUUUGACUAACUGUGCUAGAUCACCAUCUCAAGUUUCAUUCUAUUUCAAUAAUGAAGAAGAUGAGAACGAAUCCAAGAAGGCCAAGAAGCCUGCAAAACCUGAACCUAAUUCCAAAAUCCUAAAGACUAAACUACGUGGGGAAGCUCGUGGUGACUCUCAAGAAAAUCAAAAGGAACAAAUUCGUAAGGAAAAUCAAAAAAAAUUACACGAGAAAUUGCAAAAAAAUGGUUUGUUAAGAUUCAGUGCCGCAGAUGCCAAUGGUACUGGUAAUGAACAACGACAAUAUUUCAAAAAAUACGAGUCUUAUGUGCGAGACUCGCAAAUUCCUUCAAAUGUUCGUGAUUUGAGGGUUCAUGUAGAUUGGAGAUCUCAAACCGUUAUCUUACCGAUCUACGGUAGACCUGUCCCAUUCCACAUCAAUUCCUACAAAAAUGGUUCAAAGAAUGAAGAGGGUGAAUACACGUAUUUGCGUUUAAAUUUCCACUCCCCAGGUGCUGGUGGUAUUUCUAAGAAAACUGAAGAGCUUCCCUAUGAGGAAUCUCCUGAUAACCAGUUUGUUCGUUCCAUCACUCUAAGAUCUAAGGAUGGUGAAAGAAUGAGCGAUGUAUUCAAGCAAAUCACAGAUCUGAAGAAGGAAUCUACUAAACGUGAACAGGAACGUAAAGUGUUGGCCGAUGUUGUUCGUCAAGACAAGUUGAUUGAAAAUAAAUUCGGCAGAACAAAGAGACUUGACCAAAUCUUCGUUAGACCAAGUCCAGAUCCAAAACGUGUUCCAAGUACGGUUUUCAUUCAUGAAAAUGGUAUUAGAUACCAGUCCCCUCUAAGGUCUGAUAGCAGAAUCGAUAUUUUGUUUUCUAAUAUUAAGAAUAUAAUUUUCCAAUCCUGUAAAGGUGAAUUGAUUGUCAUUAUCCACAUCCAUUUAAAGAACCCAAUUUUAAUGGGUAAAAAGAAAAUCCAAGAUGUACAAUUUUACCGUGAAGCCUCUGAUAUGUCCGUCGAUGAAACAGGUACUGGUAGACGUGGACAAUCAAAAUUCAGAAGAUAUGGUGAUGAAGAUGAACUGGAACAAGAGCAAGAAGAAAGAAGAAAACGUGCUGCAUUGGAUAAGGAAUUCAAGUAUUUUGCAGAUGCUAUUGCUGAAGCUUCCAAUGGUAUGCUAACAGUAGAAAGCGCUUUCAGAGAUUUAGGUUUCCAGGGUGUUCCUAAUAGAUCAGCUGUCUUCUGUAUGCCUACCACUGACUGUUUGGUCCAGUUGGUUGAACCACCAUUUUUAGUGAUCAACCUAGAGGAGAUCGAAAUCUGUAUUCUGGAAAGAGUGCAAUUUGGAUUGAAGAACUUUGAUAUGGUCUUUGUAUACAAAGACUUUAGCAAACCAGUAACACAUAUCAACACCGUCCCUAUCGAGUCGUUAGACUUCUUGAAACAGUGGUUAACUGAUAUGGAUAUUCCUUACACUGUUUCCUCUAUCAACUUGAAUUGGAGUACCAUUAUGAAAUCUCUAACAGAGGACCCACACCAGUUCUUCUUAGAUGGUGGUUGGAGUUUCUUGGCCAUGGGUUCUGAUGAUGAGGGCUCCGGCGAAAGUGACGAGGAAAUAAGUGAAUAUGAGGCAUCCGAAGAGGAACCAAGCGAUGAGAGUGCAUUUUCUGAUGACGAAGAUGCCUAUUCCGAAGGUGAAGCAGAAUUUAGUGAUGAUGGCAGUGAAGAAGUUAGUGCAGACGAAGAGAGUGAAGCAGGUGAAGAUUGGGACGAAUUAGAGAAGAAAGCUGCUAAGCUGGAUCGUGUAAGUAAUUACAGAGAAUGA